GAUUUGGUUCCUUAGAGAUUGUUUUUUUUCGACAGCAAAUGUCAAACAAAUGCUAGAAAGAUCGUCUCUAUUUACGGUGGAUACUUGCUGAGCGAAGCCAGAUUUAUUCAUCACACGAUGAAAACAGAUAAAACGACCGCGACCCAAACCAGCGCCCCCCGCACCGAACCAGACAUGUCGCCCCCUUCCUGUCAACCCAAACGGCCCUCAAUGCUAGAGCGACUUCAAGGCAAGCUCUACACAUGGCUGGAGAUCCCAGAACUAACACCUGUGAGGGUCGUGUUCUUUUGGGCCAUUUUACAAGCGUUUGCACGGUGGCAGUUCUUUGUGACCCUUCACUACUUAGAAAUAUUUGAGAUUGAAAAUGCGCGCCUCUACUUGUUUGAGCUCUUCCGUGGAAAGGAAAUAUCGCUGCGCCAAUUAAUUUGGAAGUUCUUUCUGGCAGCUGUAAUGUUGGAGGCUCAUAGUUACGUGGUGAAUAAGGUUAUUGAGCAAUGGAAAAGAAACUACCACAAAGGUUGGACAAAGGAAGAAGAGCGAGCAUGUAGAGAGGAAGGUUCCCGUGCUCGGGACAUGAGGCAAAAAAGAGCGAAGAAUUUAAAGGAUAAUCCGGUGUUAACCUUUCAACUCGAUGAAGUCGUUCGGCGUUACGCUUGGCAGAUGAUGUUGAAGGACUGUGAUGAAGACGAGAGAUUCAAAUUGGAGGAAAAAGAGGUCAACUUUACCUGUGAGCCGGACUGGGCGGUGCUGGACAUCGAGCACAAGGUCACCAAGUUCUCUCCCAAGGUGAAGGACGGAUCGGUGAUGGAACCCCACAGGGGUGACGUACAAAAAGACAAACUGGGGAACAGUGAAUCAACUUUAAACAUUUUAAAACAAUACCUUGUCGUCGUAUCCCCCAUGUAUGCGUGA